CAGAGAACGAGGAGCGGCCGGGGUGUGGAGGCCAGGCAGUGUUCCUCUGCCUCGGUAGUGAUCAGGUCGCCUCCCGCACUCAUAGGAAAGAGGUCGCUUCCUCAGUGCAUGUUAGUGAUGAGGUCGCCUCCCAUAAGCCCACAGUGACGAGGUUGCUUCGCACAAGCCCACAUGGUGAUGAUGUCGCCUUCCAGACACCCAUGGAAACGAGGGCGCCUACUACACACCCGUAGUGAAGAGGUCGCCGCCCAUAUACACGUAGUGAAGAGGUCGCCGCCCAUACCUACGUAGUGAAGAGGUCGCCGCCCAUAUACACGUAGUGAAGAGGUCGCCGCCCAUACCCACGUAGUGCAGAGGUCGCCUACCAUACCCACGUAGUGAAGAGGUCGCCUACCAUACCCACAUAGUGAAGAGGUCGCCUACCAUACCCACGUAAUGAAGAGAUCGCCUACCAUACCCACGUAGAUCUUAAGUUAUCCCAUACCCUAAGACCGGAACGAUGCGGCGGAGAUUUGGGCGUAGAGGUAUGCAGUGGGCGGUGUGGGUGGUGACGGUGGGCGGUCUGCUGUACCUCUGCUCGCCACCACCCACCCCGGCCCUCGUCUCCUGGUACACCCAGGUCUCAACCGACAACACAUCCCAAGAGGACAACCACAUCUUAAACGUCCAGCAGAAGGAACUGGAGCAGGAUUUAAAGAAACUGGAACUGGAGCUGAAGGGACUAAAACACGAGAAUUUUGGAAAAUUUAUGCAUCCUGAAGGUGCUGUAUCAGGCGCUGGUGCUGACGGAUACAGCGUCCGCCGCGGUACAAGACGCAAGAAGACACGUCAACUGUACCUGAUGACGAAUGCGGAGUACAAAAGAGUACAGAAAGUACACAGAGAACGUCGCCGUCGCCUCGCUGACUCCUGCAGCAGGUUCUUGGUCACCGGCACUCACCCCGAGCUUCUCUCCCUCUUCUCCAGCGGCGACUACUUCAGGCUGGCAGGCACGACCUUCUUGCCGCAAGCCGUUCCCGCUACCAACUUCCAGAUGGACCAGAACAACAAAAUGCUCUUCUGCUGGCAGUACAAGGUUGGUUCUACCGCCUGGAACGCCAUGUUUGCUCGCCUUCUCAACCAAACAUCCAUUCUCAAGUCGAAAAAUUUUUACAAUAUGCGUGAAGUGAUGGCAGUGAGGAACAGACGUGACCUCCAGAAGGCGCUCAACUUCUACAGGUUCAUGAUCGUGCGUGAUCCAUUCACUAGGCUGCUCUCCGCUUACCGGGACCGCUUCGAGGACACCUCCCACAGCUCAUGGCAGAGGGAGACCUUCGGACCGCAAAUAUUCAAACUAACAAGACCAUCUCUAGAGGAGUCGGAGAUGAUGACCAACGGAAGUCUGAGUGUGAUUCCCACGUUCUCGGAGUUUGUGACUUAUCUGGUAAAGACCUCGUUAGAGAAAUACGAUCCUCACUGGGCACCUUACUGGAAGCACUGUGCUCCUUGCAUCAUGAAAUACAAUGCUAUAGGCAGGGAAGACACACAGACAGAGGACAUGCGCUUCAUACUGGAGGAUUCCGGUCUUGCUCGCAAGAUCGAUCCUAAGGUUCUGGAGGAGAACGCCAACCGGGGCCGGGGGGACACUAGCCUCCUCCUCCAUCGCUACUACUCCACCCUCGACCUCGACACUCUCGAAGCCCUCUAUCGCAAAUAUGAAGUUGACUUCCUGUUGUUCGGCUACAGCGUCGAACCGCUGCUCAAGAUGCUGUACCCGGGAAAGAACAUAAUCUUCUCUCCAGCUUUAUAAGGCGUGGUUAUGCCUUGGCUGCGAAUGUGGUCAAGGCACGCGAGAACCAAGCUUCUGUGAUCUACCAGACAGCGAUUAUAGUUUAUCUCAACCCUUCAAUUUUAUAUCAGUAACCCUUUACAUACUUCACGGUGUAAAUAAAUUGUAACUCUGAAAACGUAUGUACCUUUAUGUACUAUGUAAAAGGUAUGUAUGUACUGUAUUAACCCAAUACAGUAGUAUUGGGUUAAUUUUGAAGGGUCCGGCUGGGUUGAAAGGCAAAAAUUCUUCUUCUGAUAAAAAUAACCUUUAUUCAAUAUGAAAGAAGAUCAUGUAAUUAAUGCGACACAUUAUUUGCCAACCAUGAUAUAUUAAUUCAAAAAUAUACUACAACAUUGACAUUACU